AUAAAGUUUGUUGAAGAGGACGCAUAAAGAGAAACACAAACAAAAAUGGCUGCAAAAAAGAAUAUUCCAGAAAUAGAAAACAAACUGGACAAAACAAAUGAAACUGUUGACUAUGAUGACCUCAUAACAGCCGCUGGUGAAUGUGGGCGAUAUCAAAUACUCCUCUUCAUUUCAACGUUUCCCUUUUACAUUUACGGAGUCUUCGUCUACUUCUCUCAAAUGUUCAUGACAGAAGUUUCUCCCAACCAUUGGUGCAGAAUCCCUGAAUUAGAAAACCUAACUGCCAUACAACGUAGGAACCUUGGUGUGCCCAAAGAUGAGAAUGCAAGAUUUGGAUACUCUCAGUGUCACAUGUAUGCAGUCAAUUGGACCGAAGUAUUAGCGACAAGACAAACGCCUGACCCAACGUGGAAUACAGUACCGUGUCAACAUGGAUGGGAAUUCAAUAAAACGGAAAUACCAUACCCUACUCUUUCAAGCGACUUUGAAUGGGUCUGUGACAAAAAUAGUUAUCAAGCCACGGCUCAAUCAAUAUUCUUCGUUGGGUCUAUAUUAGGAGGAUUCGUUAUUGGGUGGGUUGCUGAUCGUUUCGGAAGAGUGCCAGCUGCAGUAAUUAGUAAUUUACUGGGCUGUGCAGGAGGCGUUGCGAGUAUUUUCGCCCAAAACUUGAUUCAGUUUUCUGCUGCAAGAUUAGUUAUGGGUAUGGCUUAUGACAAUUGCAUGAUUAUGGCGUACCUACUGAUUAUAGAAUACGUUGCCCCUAAAUAUAGAACUAUAUUGGCAAACCUGUCGUUUGCCAUAUUUUACUCUCUAAUAGUGACCAUAUUCCCAUGGAUAAUCCUUGCUUGCGGUCACUGGAAGACAAUUGGUCUAGUCACUAGUCUACCUUUAGCAUUAGCUCUAUUAACACCUUUGUACUUACCUGAGAGCCCGAGGUGGUUGCUGUCAAAAGGUCGUAUUGAUGAGGCGGUGAAUAAAAUUCUGGUAAUCGGUCGGAUCAAUAAGAAGGAAAUACCACCUAAACUGAUUGAACAAUUUAAACUAUCGGCCACAAAUGCGAAGGAAGAACAAUCAGAGAGUUGUUUGGAAAUUCUGAAGAGACCGGUGAUGAGAAAAAUGUUUUUAUUAGUUUGUAUUGAAUUCAUGUGCUGUACUAUUGUGUUCGAUGGGCUGGUGAGAAGUAUUGGUCAAUUAGAUUUUGACUUUUUUAUGUCUUUCUCAUUAGUGUCCUUUACUGAGUGCCCUUCAAUGAUUAUCGUAGCGUUUGUAAUGGAUUGUUUGGGAAGAAGAUGGCUGACUAUUAUCGUGAUGAUUGUUAGCUGUAUAUUCUGCAUACUAACUGUAUUUGCUAGUGGAGUACAGUCGGUGAUAUUUGCUGUUGUCGCGAGAUUUGCUGUGAACAUGUCAUACAGUGCUGCCAUGCAGUGGGCUGCUGAGCUAUUGCCAACGUCUGUGAGAGGAUCAGGAGUAUCAAUAGUACAUAUUUGUGGUUAUGUAGCCACAGUUCUGUCUCCAUACAUUGUUUACUUGAAAGAAUACGUAUACUGGCUACCAUUAAUAGUGGUGGGUUCUGUGGCUGGAUUAGGUGCACUGGUUGCCUUGGGGUUGCCAGAAACAGCAAGAAAAGACAUGCCACAUACUUUCGAUGAUGCAGAAAAAUUAGCUAAGAAUCAAAAGCUUUGGACUUUACCGUUUUUGGAAAAGAAAAAACAGAAAAAGGGGGAAGACAAUGAAUGUUUUGAAUCAGAAUUGUGAAAUGUUUUGAUGAAAAUUAAUUACUCUGCGCGUUAAUUGAAUGCUAAAAUUGUAUUUCACUGUUUGUUGUUGCAAUGCCUGCAUGGAGUUUAAUCUACAAUCAAA